CCCCAGAGGGGCUGCACGUGUCCUAACUACCGUUCGUGACUUAUAUAACAGCCGCACGGUUCUUCCGCAGCCUCAGAACCUCUACCCUCGCAUACCGUCAUCGACCUCGCGCGAAUUCACACGACGGCGACCCGCGAAAUAUUCCCCGAUCGUAUCGGCUGUAUCAGCUUCGUUUUCAUUCAAUGUUAAUCAGCUGAGAGGUGACAUAAUCGAUGCAGUAUGUGACGCUCGAGAAUAUAAUACGGAUUUAUGCAUAACAGAAGCGCCUUAUUUAGAGUCUUAAUAGAAUAGUGUUGUUAGCAAGUGUGAUUGCGUGCGUAAGACUGACAGAUCUAGUGGUGGGUGUAGUGGGAAGUCGUCAAGAUUGAGCUGGUGGGGCUUGGUUGGGGCAGGCGCGGCCGCGUACGACCCAUGCAUGCACCGGGCGGCAUGUUGGCCACGCAACGCUCCCAGUCGUGCAACGAGGAAGGCGCAUUUUUCGGGGCCCGAGCGCUCCGCCGGCCGCGGGGCAAAGGCAGCGGCACUCCGCCCUGCUAGGGGUACGCCAUGUCGCUGCGCAGCCUGCACAGGAGGCUCUCCUCCGCCCAUAACACAUGUGAUGAUGGUAGCGGAGGCGCGGCGACAGGGCGCACGGCGUCGCUCCGCCUCGCCAACGGACGCGUGGCGACGCAGUCGGCCGAGCAGCUCCCCCACUCCCCCGCCGACUGCGCCUCCGUGCGGAUCUCAAUGGACAACACCAAUACCUGCUGCACCGACUCCCUCGUCACAGCGCUCGAUGACGAAACCCUGCUUCUUGGCGACGCCGAUAUGUCGCUGAAGCAGGGCAGCGGCACGGGCAAAGUCCACUUCGGUGGUUUGGACGAUGUCUCCCUGUACGGAACCCCAGUCGAACCAGCUCCACCAGCCCCCGACGCCAAGCAAGGCUUCCUACGGAACCAACUACAAGCCCUCUUCCAGCCCACGGACAACAAACUAGCCAUGAAACUCUUCGGCUCCAAGAAGGCCUUGAUGAAGGAGCGCAUCCGGCAGAAGGCGGCUGGUCAUUGGGUGAUACAUCCCUGCAGUAGUUUCAGAUUUUACUGGGACCUGUGUAUGCUGCUGUUGCUCGUCGCCAACCUGAUCAUCCUGCCCGUUGCCAUCUCUUUCUUCAACGACGACCUUAGUACACGCUGGAUAGCAUUCAAUUGCCUAUCGGACACAAUUUUUCUUAUAGAUAUUGUGGUUAAUUUUAGAACCGGUAUAAUGCAGCAAGAUAAUGCAGAGCAAGUGAUAUUAGAUCCGAAACUAAUAGCGAAGCACUAUUUGAGGACGUGGUUCUUCCUGGACCUCAUCUCUAGUAUACCGCUAGAUUAUAUUUUCUUGAUCUUCAAUCAGGUAAACGAUUUUAGUGAAAGCUUUCAAAUUCUUCACGCCGGUCGUGCCCUAAGGAUACUUCGGUUAGCAAAACUCUUAUCUCUGGUGCGACUUCUUCGACUAUCAAGACUCGUCCGAUAUGUUUCGCAAUGGGAGGAAGUAUAUAUCUUGCAGAAUCUGCAAAAAAAACGCACGGAACGGAGGGGACGUCUCAGCUCUGACGUUGCCAAAAAGAAGGGUGACACGAAAAGCAAUCUGAUAUUUAAGUUCCUGAACAUGGCGUCAGUGUUCAUGCGAAUAUUCAACCUUAUCUGCAUGAUGCUCUUAAUCGGUCACUGGUCUGGGUGCCUUCAGUUCCUUGUACCAAUGCUGCAAGGAUUCCCACCCAACUCAUGGGUGGCUAUCAACGAAUUACAAGAAGCUUUCUGGCUGGAGCAAUACUCGUGGGCACUAUUCAAAGCCAUGUCCCAUAUGUUAUGCAUCGGAUACGGCCGGUUCCCCCCACAGUCUCUCACAGACAUGUGGCUCACGAUGCUCUCAAUGAUAUCUGGUGCCACCUGCUACGCCCUGUUCCUGGGUCAUGCAACGAACUUGAUUCAGAGUCUCGACUCUUCGCGAAGACAAUAUCGUGAAAAGCGAAUGGACGUGAAACAAGUCGAAGAAUACAUGGCAUACCGUAAACUACCCCGAGAGAUGCGGCAGCGAAUCACAGAGUAUUUCGAGCAUCGGUAUCAAGGGAAAUUCUUUGACGAGGAGCUGAUCCUUGGUGAACUGAGUGAAAAGCUCCGCGAGGAUGUGAUAAACUACAACUGUCGAUCGCUGGUUGCCUCAGUGCCUUUCUUUGCCAAUGCUGACUCAAAUUUCGUGUCUGAUGUCGUCACGAAGCUGCGAUAUGAAGUCUUCCAACCUGGUGAUAUUAUAAUCAAAGAAGGAACCAUCGGAAACAAGAUGUAUUUUAUUCAGGAGGGUAUAGUGGACAUUGUAAUGGCGAAUGGCGAGGUUGCCACCAGUCUUUCCGACGGCUCAUACUUCGGCGAGAUAUGUCUGCUGACGAAUGCCCGACGUGUCGCUUCCGUCCGCGCCGAGACAUACUGCAAUCUAUUUUCACUUUCUGUGGACCACUUUAACGCUGUGCUUGACCAAUACCCGCUGAUGCGACGCACAAUGGAGAGCGUUGCCGCGGAACGACUGAAUAAGAUCGGCAAGAACCCGAAUCUCGUCGCGCAUCGGGAAGACGACACCACAUCAGAAGGGAACACCAUUAACGCUGUAGUGAAUGCCUUAGCAGCUGAAGCGGAGCAUGUUAGCUUAUCGGAUGACAGCGUUGCGCGGUUGUCGGAGCGGUCGCUGGGGUUGGCUCUCCAACCGCUGCAAGCUGCAUCGUGUAGGAUGGCCGGGGUUGCGCUUCCAGGGUUGGGAGUCGCGGCUGCCCUUCCACGGCCGAAAUCUGAGCACGACUUCAGCUCCGCACAGUCCCAGCAACCCGCGCUGUCGUCCGCCGGCGCCGCGUUCCACAAGUCCGACGCGGGCAUAGCCCCCUGACGCCGCACUGUCUGCUAGGCCGGCGCCCCCCCCAUAGCAAUAAUAGCCUUAGUGCGAGCGCGCGUCGCCUCGCUAGGAGUAGCGUAGACCACGUGUAAUUAGCUGCGACUUCGCCGGGCGCACGACCGCGCCCGCUCAAUCUCAUUUUGUGAUCUUAUACUUAAUUCUCCUGUGUUAUUUAGGUUAAAUUUUAUAUCAUUGACGCUGUGACGAAUACGCGACGUAUUCCGAUUGUAUAGAGAUAUAUCUGUUAUAUAUUAAAUCGAGUCUUAUAGAUACCUUGCCACAAAAGAGAAAAUUAUAUAGACUAGACUGAUUGUAAAGAUAUCACUAUUUAAUGCUUUGUUGGCGUACGUGAACCUUCACAGAUGAUGGAUGAGGAACAUUGUGUUCUAAUGAACGGUCGGAAACGUUCCUGAUAGAGAAGAUAGAGGAGAUUAUUAUACAUAUAAUAUUAUAUGAAAUUGUUGAUAUAUUUAUUAUUACGUCGAGCGUUGACGCGUAGAUAUGUGUAUCGGGUCGCGGAUCGCCAUCGUCGUCGCCGUCUGCUAGUUAAUCUGUUAUCAUAGUGUUACAGUAAGCUUGUGCCAUAUAGUGGUUGCCGUCAGCCAGAGUCCAAACACGGACGGGUACGACUCCCGACCCGAACACUGCACACACGACGCACAACAAUAUUAUUAAUUCUCACAGUACCGUAGUACACCGUCGCUUUAUUUUUAAUCAUAGUCAUAUCGGCCUUAAAGGCCUCUCUUGGUUUCCUAAGUAGAGUCGGGUCUGUAGCGCUUGAAUCGUUUGUUGAUGUAAAUAUUGUAAGAAUGAGGAUUCGCCUUUUAGCAUUAUGGUUUUAGAAGUGAUAAACGGACACUCGCUUGAGGGGCCCAGUCAAUUAAUUCGAUAGCGCGACGCAGUUAGCGUUACGGCACACUACACUUGGUACCUUGUUUUUAAUUGUAGGAAAAAUAAUUUAUUAUUGAUAGUGAUCAUUUUGUAGGAUUAAGUAGACCCGAGCGGUAAUUAAUUCAGACGAAUUACGUUGUGAUAGUGCAGCUGGGCUGCGGGCGUUCAGCCUCGCCACUGGCUCAGCGAUACUCGACGCUAUAUUUAUAAAUACAUAGCUCAAAUUUGCAUGGUUUGUGCUUGACAAAACUGUGACUUGUUUGGUUUGUUUCUUCUUAGCUGAUGUGGCCGUGGUUAGAUUAUUUCGCAGCUACUUCUUAUAAUGUACUAGUAUUUUUCGGCUAUAAUAAACUAGAUGACCGCAAAUCAGUUUGUUUAGAGUAGAGUAGCCGUUGAGCCGCCCGCCGCCGGUGACGCAUCUUUGGCAUUUUCAUCAUAACUAUUCAUAGGACUUAAAACUGUCAAAAUUUAACCUGAGUUUAAUUCAUCUAUGUUGCAAUUUAUUUAAUAAUGUGUCAUACAAAAUGACAUUGACAGCUAUUGUUGUCAAUUUCGCUAAAAUCCAUAUUAACGGAUUAAAUUGCUUCCCAAGUGACAACCCAUAAUUAUUGAACUUAGAAGUUAAUUUUUGACAAGUUUUAUAUAAAAAAAAGUGUCAUGACAACUUGUGAACAUGUUUUGCAAUAGUUGAAUUUGUAGCGAAAUAUAAUGACGAACCAAUAUGCAGUAGUUUAAUUAUUAUUGUAGAUGAAUGCAGCCUUUAGUUUGUCGACUAACACUAUCCUUUGUACUCAUAAGGUAUUUUUACGAUUGAUCUUAGCAGAGUGACUUUCUGUCAAUUUAUCUACAAAGUAAUAAUAUUAUUAUCUAUAUUAAGUUUUAUCUCCAGAAGCAUUUAUUUAUUGUUACUUUAUCAUACAUUGAAUUUAUGCUUUUUGUAAAGAACGUAAAUUUUAUAGAAGAGAUCUAUUUUUAUUGUAAAUUUGAGCUGCGGGUUGACAACAGGCAAACCUAUAUGAAUCGAAGAGAUUUUUUUAUCUGAACUGUUAAUUAGUGUAUAAUUAUUAUACUUAAUUAUAUUAUACUGAUUUCUGGUAUCUAUUUUCACCAAAAGUGCUCAUCGCUGUCAAGAGAAAUUAGAAAAAUGCAUUAAAAGAAUGAAGAAUAUCA